ACCAUGGCCAGGCAGUGGUGUGACGGCCACUCCACAUCCAUCCUGUGCGUCGGGGUGUCCCCGGGCCCCGAAUGUCUCCUAGCUUCAGGCUCUGAGGGUGGAGAGGUCGCUGUUUGGAGCCAAGAAGGAACCAUCAUAGGCCGCCUCACCCUCUCUGGUGAAGAGGACAAUACUGGUGUUGCCUUCUCACCUGCAGCUCCGGGCCUGCUGUAUGUGUCGCAUGGAGACACUGUGAGUACACUCGACCCCCGAAACCUGAAGGGCACCGUGGAGGAGUUUCAGGGUGCAGGGGAAGAGGAGAUCAAUGCUUUGACGCUGAACGAGACGGGUUCAGCUCUGGCGGUGGCUGAUGACUCCGGGGCGGUCCGGGUGUUGGAGCUUCCUGGGGGGAAAGUGUGCAGGACUCUUCGCAGACACACUAACAUCUGCUCCUCUGUGGCUUUUCGGCCUCACAGGCCCAACAACCUGCUGUCUGCUGGACUGGACAUGCAGGUGAUGCUUUGGGGUCUGCAGAAGACUCGUCCUCUUUGGACCCUCAACCUCCAGGAUGUAGCUGAGGAAGAAGACGACCACCAGCAGCGUCCUGGUCAGCUUUUCAACCCUCCGCUGGCUCACUGUGUUUCCGUGGCGAGUUGUGGGAACAUUUUGGGAUGUGCGGCAGAGGACGGGCGGGUGCAUCUGAUGCGGAUCGGCAGCGGCUCUAAACUGGAACAGCAGGGAGCAGUCAAGGCACACAGUCAGGGAGCCUCGCAAGCCCACUUUAUCAAUUUCCUGUCCCACCCGUACUGGCUUGCCACCGGGGGGAACGACGGCCAGGUGGCCCUGUGGGACAUCAGCAAGCACCCAGUGGUGACUCCAGAGGGGAAGGCCAAACCGGGAGGGACUGCGGCUCCACGUAGGAAGGGGAAGAGCAAGGCAAAGAGAAAAGAACAGACCCAGAACAAAGCAAAGACGCCACCGAAGGCUGAAGGUGAGAAAGAAGAGGCGGAGGGCGAGGAGGAAGGAGCAGAGGGAGCAGCAGCAGCAGGUGAAGAGGAGGUGACGGAGGAGAAGUCGGGGCCCAAGCUGAGGAUCAGUCAUGGGGACAAGGUGAACUGGCUUUGCCCUGCUGUGCUUAAAGGAGAGCCCAGCGUGGUGGUCGCAGAUCAGAGCUCUAAUCUGACAGUUUAUCCUCUGUCUCCACUAUAGAUUUGUGCACUUUAUUCUUGUUGUUUGAGUCAUAGCAUCUCAAUCUGUUUUUAGUUUACAAGUGAUUUAAAAAAAAAUUUCACAGCAUACACUCCUGCGUUUGUUGUUGUUAGCAGCUGACGGCGUCAUUUUUGUGUCGGUCCUUCUCUUGCUUUCCUUUUAUUAAAGCCUGAACUGUGGGCUGAAGCCAAACAUCACUGGAGUUUCCCAAAGCACUGAACAAUGUAAAGCUAAAUCUGGAAACAGCAAGCACAUAUUAAAUCGAGUUUGAGGUUUCACACAACUCUCACAGAAAUAAUGUGGUUCUUUUACAGGUUUUGUUUAAUGUAAGCUUCACUCUGUGGAUCUGUUUUGGUGGGUGGUUUGUCUGUGUGUGGUCCUAUAACAAUAUUCUCUGUUUUGCUGUCUGACACGCGAUUUAUUUUAUUUUUGUAAACAAGAUUUGCAUUCUUGUGGACUGUUAAAAAAAAAUACCACAUUAGACAUCAGAAAUGAGCUUUUCAUGUUUAAAUGAGUCUGCAGUGCUUUUAUAGAAUAAACACUUUCAAUCCAAACCAGGUGCCAGACAGAAAAAAAACAAAGCUAAGUGAAUAUUGUUCCCAAGAUGUCGUAUUUCAAACGUAUUGCUCUUUAUCAGACUGCAGAGCUUUACCAAAAAGAAACCAGCCACACUGAAUAAUUGCUUGGGAUCCUGUGAUCUGUCACAUGACCUCGUCCUUAAGGGAAAAGUGGUGUUUUUGUAAAAUAGAUGUUAAGCAGCAACAGCCUGCAAACAAUCUUGUAACUGUUAUUUUUUUCUCCUGUGAUUAAAACCUGUUUGCUGCUUAUGAAG